CUUUGCGGUCCGGUCAAGUCGUGUGUAAACACUAUUCGAAUAGGUUGAAACUCGGAGAAGCUCCCUUCUGUACCCACGAUGGAAGCUACGACAAAAUCACCUGAAGCGCAGACUCAGGAGGUACGCGUCACAGAGUCAAGUCCGGAAGAGAAUCCAAACUACAUCAAGGGGCUUAGGCUACACCUUCUUACCAUAGGUUUGUGCCUGGGAAUCUUUCUCGUUAACUUCGAAAUUUCCAUCGUGAGCACCUCUUUGGUGUCCAUCACAGACGACCUUCAUGCCUUUGGACGUAGUAGCUGGAUCAUCACUGCAUACUUGUUAACUUUCACCGCCUUCAUGGUCAUAUUGGCAAAGCUAAGUGACAGCAUUGGACGGAAAUCCGUGCUCUUGGCUUGCCUGUUCAUAUUCACCAUCUUCUCCGGAGCAUGCGGGGCCGCGCAAUCCAUGGUUCAGCUAAUCAUUCUACGGGCUCUCCAAGGCUUAGGAGGAUCCGGAGUUUACUCCGUAGUGCUGAUAGUGAUGUUUGAGAUGGUCCCUCCACAGAGGUAUCCCAGAUAUUCCGUCUAUGUGACGGCACUUUUUGCCAUCUCGUUGUUCUCGGGACCACUUGUUGGGGGCGCGAUCAACAGGAGUACGACUUGGAGAUGGAUCUUCCUCUUAAACGUUCCGGCUGGCGCUAUGGCUCUGAUCAUCUUGGUGUUUUGCAUGCCGAAUCGCUUCCCCUACCAUGGCGGAAGUACCAAAGCAAAACCAACAGAUCUCAGAAACAUCGACACAGUUGGAGCGGCGCUCAUGCUUGUUGCGCUCACUCUCCUCAUUACCGGUUUCGAGGAGGCAAGCAACUUCAUGCCAUGGAUCUCUGCCCAGGUACUCGCUCCCAUCCUGGUUUCCCUUUUAGCUUGGGUUGCAUUCCUCUCAUACGAACGAGCGGUUACUUCAAGGGGGAAUAACAGGCCUGAGCCUGUAUUCCCUUGGCGCUUCUGUACCAGCCGAGUCAUUAUGGGCAUUCUGAUAAACUCGUUUCUCUGUGGUGCCGUUUUCACAAGCUGCAUCAUCCAGAUUCCACUCCGCUUUCAGGCCGUGAACCAUGAGUCGCCAUGGCAUGCUGGAGUGCGACUGAUACCAUUCGGUAUGGCUGUUCCUGUGGGCGCAUUUCUGACCGCAGCGAUAUGCGGAAAGCGGCGAAUGCCUAUUAUAUACAUGCUGUUUGUGGCUUCGCUUCUCCAGGCUCUCGGGCUCGCCUUCAUGUCAAGGUUGACGCUAGAACGGGUAAUGUGGAAGGGACAAUAUGGUUUGCAAUUCGUCACGGGAUUGGGAUGCGGCAUGUCCAUUGGUGUUGUCACCCUGAUGACGCCGUUCGUGAUUGAAAAGAGAGAUCUUGCGACUUCAACUUCAGCAGUUGUUCAGAUCCGAAUGCUCAGCGGAGCCCUCGUCCUAGCUAUCAUCACUGCGGUGAUGAACAGUAACCUGAACCGUACCUUGCCCCAAGUACUUACAGAUCAAGAGCUGUUUCGGGUUUUCCAGAGUACGGACGCAAUCGCAAUGCUCGGGGAGCCGGUAAGAACAGAAGUCAAGGAAACCUUCCUGAAGGGGUACAAUAUGCAGUUGCGGAUUCUCGUGGGAUUUGCUGGGGCGGAAGUCCUCGCCACGCUCCUCAUGUGGCAGGAAGAUCAGGUCAAGAUCGCCUGA